AUACUACUACUAUAGUAGUGGUACUAUUUUGUUUCAGCUCAGCUAGUCUAUCUUCUAGCCUAGACCCAGGUUUUCUGUGUCCUUCUGUUUUUUAGUGUUUUGUUUCUUUCUUUGUUUUCUUCUUCUAUACACAAUGGCUUUCUUCAUUUCUUGAUAUGGCUUCUUCUUAGAUAGUACUCACUACUACUGUCUACUACAUUUUAUUUCCUAAAUUUAAGGGCUUCCUAGCUUUUUGGUUAUUUUCCAUUUUCAAGAUUCCUCAAAUGGAAUACUCCCUCACAUUUCUUGAGCAUUUCAAGACUCAAUCUUUUUCACUCUAAACCCCCUUUUGUCUUCUACACCCCACCCCCAUGAUCUCCAAUUCUGCAGAAAGUUUCAUGUGAUGGAUUCUUGAUGGGAAAAGGAGGAAGAAGUUGAAGAAAAGGUGUUUUCUUUGUAAACAACCUCAUAACCAUUUCAAAGAUUCGAUCUUUUUCACUGCAAACCCCUUUUUUCACCCCCCUUAAUCUCAUCAAUGGAUUCUUGAUUGUUCUAUCUGGUUGUUUUGGAGGGAAAAGGAGGAAGAAAUUGAAGAAAAGGUGUUUUCUUGAAAAAAAAAAAAACUCAAGAAUGACACUUUUGAGGUUUCUGUUAACUGUGCUUUUUCUAGUUGGUUUGUUAUCAAGAUUCCAACUUGUGAAUUCCCAGUUGGUUUUUCAUGAUCAAGAUGUAGUGGAAGCAAUUGGGAAAGAGCUAUCAGUACCUGGAUGGGGUGUGAUGAACACAACUGAUUUCUGCUCUUGGCAUGGAGUUGUUUGCAGCUCAAACAGGUCAAUGGUGGAAAGACUUGAUCUUUCUGGUUUUAGAUUACAAGGUAAUGUAACUCUAAUAUCUGAGCUCAAAGGUUUAAAGUGGCUAGACCUUUCUAAUAAUAACUUCCAAGGUUCUAUUCCAUUUGCAUUUGGGAAUUUAUCUGAGCUUCAAUAUCUUGAUUUGUCUUUUAACAAAUUUGGAAACUCAAUACCUAGUGAAUUAGGUAAGCUCAGAAGCCUUAAGGCAUUGAACCUUUCGAAAAACUGGCUCACAGGAGCUAUACCUGAUGAGCUUGAGGGGUUAGAGAAUUUGCAAGAUUUUCAAAUAUUUACUAACAACUUGAAUGGUUCUAUCCCAAUGUGGAUUGGUAAUUUGACCAAUCUUAAGGUUUUUGCUGCUUAUGAGAAUGAAUUUAGUGGUGGUGUUCCUGUUAACUUAGGAUUGUACUCUGAUCUUUCUUUGUUGAACCUUCACUCAAACCAGCUUGAAGGUACUAUUCCUGAGAGCAUUUGUGCUAAUGGGAAUCUUGAAUUUCUUGUUCUAACUCAGAAUAAGUUGACCGGAACGAUUCCUGAUUCGAUUGGGAAUUGUAAAGGACUUUCUAGUAUUAGAAUUGGGAAUAACAAGUUGAUUGGAGGUAUCCCUAAAUCAAUUGGGAAUAUCAGCAGUCUUACUUAUUUUGAAGCAGAUACUAAUAGUUUGUCUGGUGAAAUUGUCACCGAGUUCGCGAAAUGCUCAAAUCUCACUCUUCUUAAUUUAGCUUCAAAUGAGUUUAAUGGAACUAUUCCUCCUGAGUUUGGUCAGCUUAACAGUUUGCAAGAAUUGAUUGUUUCUGGUAAUAACCUUUAUGGAGAGAUUCCAAUAUCAGUUCUUAAGUGCAAGAAUCUCAAUAAGCUUGACUUGAGCAACAACAAGUUCAAUGGUACCAUACCGGUAGAUAUCUGCAAUACGUCCAGAUUGCAAUAUUUGCUGUUGGGGGAGAACUCGAUUCGAGGGGAGAUACCUCAUGAGAUAGGGAAUUGUGUAAAGUUGCUUGAGUUGGAAAUGGGGAGUAAUGAACUUACUGGAAGUAUCCCUCCUGAGAUUGGUCAUAUGAAGAACUUGCAGAUUUCGUUGAAUUUGAGUCAUAAUCGUCUCCACGGAAAAUUGCCUCAGGAUUUAGGAAAACUUGACAAGUUGGUUUCUUUAGAUGUAUCUGAUAAUCAGCUCUCUGGGAAUAUUCCGCCGGCAUUGAAGGGCAUGCAGAGUUUGAUAGAGGUUGAUUUUUCGAGCAACCAAUUCACUGGUCCAAUACCUACUUUUGCACCAUUUCAGAAAAGUCCUAAUUCAAGUUUUCUUGGAAACAAAGAUCUCUGUGGUGAUCCUUUGAGUGGUGGUUGUGGGGAUUUAAAUGGUUAUGACCACAGCGUUUACGGUCACAAGGUCUCUUACCGAAUCGUUUUGGCUGUUAUCGGUUCUGGUUUGGCAGUUUUUGUAUGUGUCACAGUGGUUGUGUUGCUGUUCAUGAUGAGGGAGAAACAAGAGAAAGCUGCCAAGGAAGCAGCUGGAAAUACCAUUGAUGAAAUUUCUAGCAAACCAGUCAUACUAGCGGGAAACGUCUUUGUUGACAAUCUAAAGCAAGCAAUUGAUUUUGAUGCAGUUGUAAAGGCAGUCAUGAAAGACUCGAAUAAGAUUUGUGUUGGUACUUUCAGCACUGUCUAUAAAGCAGACAUGCCUUCCGGGAUGAUUUUGUCUGUGAAGAAGCUAAAGUCAAUGGACAAAACUAUAAUUCAUCACCAGAGUAAGAUGAUCAGAGAGCUUGAAAAGCUUAGUAAGCUCGUUCAUGAUAAUCUUGCUCGUCCUAUCGGAUUUGGAAUCUAUGAAGAUGUCGUUCUUCUGUUGCAUGAAUAUUAUGCCAACGGAACGUUGACUCAAUAUCUUCAUAACUCUAGCCAGAAACCUGAAUAUAAGCCCGACUGGCCAACAAGACUUGCCAUUGCCACUGGAGUUGCAGAAGGAUUGGCAUUCCUUCAUCAUGUUGCUAUCAUCCAUCUUGACAUUUCUUCCGGGAAUGUGCUUCUUGAUUCUAAUUUCAGGCCUUUGGUUAGUGAAGUUGAAAUCUCUAGGCUUCUCGAUCCAUCUAGAGGGACUGCAAGUAUUAGUGCUGUUGCUGGUUCAUUCGGAUAUAUUCCUCCAGAGUAUGCAUAUACAAUGCAAGUAACAGCUCCUGGAAAUGUUUACAGCUAUGGGGUUGUUUUGCUCGAGAUCCUAACCACCCGACUACCUGUUGAUGAAGCUUUUGGUGAAGGAAUAGAUUUGGUUAAGUGGGUACAUGGUGCACCUACAAGGGGGGAAACACCGGAGCAGAUACUCGAUGCAAAGCUCAGCACCAUUUCAUUUUCUUGGAGAAAAGAAAUGUUAGCAGCACUAAAGGUUGCGUUGCUGUGCACUGACAUGACACCAGCAAAACGACCAAAGAUGAAGAAGGUGGUAGAAAUGCUGCAAGAAAUCACAGAAAGUUAAACAAAGUUCAUAUCAUCAAAUCAAAGUAUGUCUUGAUCUCUGUCUCUUCAUAUGUGAAUGCUCCUGUAAAAAUACAAGUGUACGACAUUCUUAGUCGAGAGGACAAAAUGGUCGAACUCUUAAGGGUAUGAUGUGUCUUACUUCAAUCAUAUGAUCACCAGUUCUUUUUCUCCAAAACAUGUAAAUGGAGAUG